UCGAAAAAUUUCACGUCUAGAAAUCGAAUUUUAUUAGUUUUCAAAAACUUAACGACUAUUCUGAACAUUUCAAAUAAAAUAAUAGAAAACAAUAUUUUUAAAAAAUUAAUUUGUUAUGCUUCAAUAAAUAUUAAUUAUUUAAUUCAUUUCUACAAUCAAAACGAUGCUGGUUUUUCAAGUUUUCUGCUUUUUCGUCUCUUUUCUGGCAAAUUCAAUAAAAUGCGACAUAAUUCAUCUCAAACAUAUGCCUAAAAUUCUGAAGGAAAAGGCGUUGCUCGAAAAGCCGAUAAUUCCAAACAGGCUGCUCCAGCCAUUCCUUAAUGAAUCAAUUGCUCAUAUUUUGAUGAAUCCGUUAGCUGAAGUGAAGACGAAUGCGACGGAAAUUAAGUUUCUAAAUUAUCUAGAAGAUAAAAAGAAAUAUGAACCCGAUUGGACAAUUCGAGAACUUGAAGAUAAAAUUAGCCUAUCAGAACUGGUCAAGACUUGUCUAGAACACCACUCGUUUCUAGAUCUUCCAGAUUUAUUUCCUCGUUUUCUGUGUGGUUUGUUAGCAGUGUAUAGGGAACAGAACACGACAAGUCUUCCAUAUACUGGAUCAAUAUUUUCUCGAUCAUCAAAUGCAGUAAAAUUUCUAAAUGAUCCAGAGAAUUAUCCAUGUCAUUCUAUGAAUAUGACUGAUGUGGUGGCACUGGUGCCAGGAAGAAUAUACAGUGGAUGUGUCAAGGAUACGGACCCUGAAAAAUUCAGUCAAUUCGAUUCCGUCUUCAUCAUGUCUCAUCCAUUCCCAGAUGUUCAAAAGUGUCAACAACCUGUGUCAGUGAUGCCAAAAUGCGAACUGCGAUCGAUGCUAGUGCAACACAAGAUAUUGUAUCAGCAAAAAGAUUGUUGCUGCGAUUCCAACAUGUGUGCCGUGCUCAUCUUCACUCAGACCUCUUCACUGACUCCGCUUGUUUUAAAGACGAUUGAUUUGACGAGAGAGACGAUGGUCCCGUUUCCAGUGACAACGACAGAGAUCUCUUUAAAUUCAAUGUUUCAAUAAAGUCAACAAUUUCAAUAACGCAUAAAAUGUAAACUCAACAGCAAAAAUUAACAAAAAAGAAGAUUCAGAAUAAAAUGGGAUUAAAAA